AUGGAGGAAUUUCAAGUAUAUUUAGAACUAGAUAGAUCUCGUCAACAUGACUUCCUAUACCCACUUAUUUUUCGGGAGUAUAUUUAUGCACUUGCUUACGAUCAUGGUUUAAAUAGUUCCAUUUUGGUGCAAAAUCUAGGUUAUGACAAUAAAUCUAGUUUACUAAUUGUAAAACGUUUAAUUACUCGAAUGUAUCAACAGAAUCAUUUGAUUAUUUCUGCUAAUGAUUCUAACAAAAAUCCAUUUUGGGGGUACAACAAGAAUUUGUAUUCUCAAAUAAUAUCAGAGGGGCUUGCCGUCAGUGUGGAAAUUCCAUUUUCCCUACAAUUAAUCUCUUCCUUAGAGAAGGCAGAAAUCAUAAAAUCCUAUAAUUUACGAUCAAUUCAUUCAAUAUUUCCUUUUUUUGAGGAAAAAUUUCCAUAUUUAAAUUAUGUGUCAGAUGUACAAAUACCCUACCCUAUCCAUCUGGAAAUCUUGAUUCAAAGCCUUCGAUACUGGGUGAAAGAUGCCUCCUCCUUUCAUUUAUUAAGGCUCUUUCUUUAUGAGUAUUGUAAUUGGAAUAGUCUUAUUACUCCAAAAAAAAGGAUUUCUACUUUUUCAAAAAGGAAUCCAAGAUUUUUCCUGUUCCUAUAUAAUUUUUAUGUAUGUGAAUACGAAUCCAUCUUUCUUUUUCUCCGUAACAAAUCUUCUUAUUUACGAUUAACAUCUUCUGGAGUCCUUUUUGAGCGAAUCUAUUUCUAUGCAAAAAUAGAGCAUUUUGUAGAAGUCUUUGAUAAGGAUUUUCUGUCCACCCUAUGGUUCUUCAAGGACCCUUUCAUUCAUUAUGUUAGAUAUCAAGGAAAAUCCAUUCUGGCUUCAAAGAAUACGCCCUUUUUGAUGAAAAAAUGGAAAUACUAUCUUAUCCAUUUAUGGCAAUGUCAUUUUUUUGUUUGGUCUCAACCAGGAAAGAUCCAUAUAAACCAAUUAUCCGAGCAUUCAUUUUACUUUUUGGGCUAUUUUUCAAAUGUGCGGAUAAAUCCUUCAGUGGUACGGAGUCAAAUGUUGGAAAAGUCAUUUAUAAUGGAAAAUCUUAUGAAAAAGCUUGAUACAAUAAUUCCGAUUAUUCCUCUAAUUAGAUCAUUGGCUAAAGCAAAAUUUUGUAAUAUAUUAGGACAUCCCAUUAGUAAGCCGGUCUGGGCCGAUUCAUCCGAUUUUGAUAUUAUUGACCGAUUUUUGCAGAUAUGCAGAAAUCUUUCUCAUUAUUAUAACGGAUCCUCAAAAAAAAAGAGUUUGUAUCGAAUCAAAUAUAUACUUCGGCUUUCUUGUAUUAAAACUUUGGCGCGUAAACACAAAAGUACUGUACGGGUUUUUUUGAAAAGAUUAGGUUCUGAAUUAUUGGAAGAAUUCUUUACAGAGGAAGAAGAUAUUUUUUCUUUGAUCUUCUCAAGAGCUUCUUCUACUUUGCAGAAGUUAUAUAGAGGUCGGAUUUGGUAUUUGGAUAUUUUUGAUUUUCAUCAAUGA